AUGAAAACAUCAAUCUCGUCCGAUGUUUGGGAGAAGAAGAAAGCCAUCAUCGCCAAGCUGUAUAUGGAAGAGGAAUGGCCUUUGAAGCAGGUCAUCAAACAGAUUCGCUCCGAUGAUUUCAACCCAAGUGAAACCCAACUCCGCAGCCGACUGAAGAAGUGGCGUGUCACCAAGCCCUCUCGUCAGACUCGCAAGAAGACGCAAGGCUCCGAAGACCCAGAGAGUGAGAAGGAAAGUCGCACAUCUUCAUCGUCACCUCGCACUAGCCGCGCCUCCCCUGCGGCUCGCAAGACACCCUCGGCUCCAUCGUCCGCCUACCGCCACGACUGGACGGCGCACUCGGCGUAUGGGCCGGUUGAGCUGUCCCAGCCAAAGUGGAAUGCACACAUGGGCCCCCAUUUGACGACGCCCAGCCCCUCCGCGGAUCACCACAGCAUCAUCUCGGAUUCUCAUUCCAAUAGAUAUCCUCUGACCGACCCCAAUGCCCCGGUCACUUCAUUCGAGCAGACGUCCACACACACAUCACCCGCAGCAGAGCACGUGAUUCUCAACAACCACUGCGGCGGCGACGCCCUCGCAUCGUCCACUUCGGUCAUGGCGCAAUGGCCGGCACGCCCCGUCUCUGGUGACAUUCAUUACCAGCCUGCUCUUCACCCCACGCAAUGGUAUAAUUUGCCCCUGGAACCCCUGGGCUCUCCAUCCGUUGGGCCACACUCGGCGGCACCCUUGACCACACCAGCUCAAUCUACUGGCUACGCCAUGUACCCUGGUCACAAUGUCUACUCUCCGGGUUACAUGCACUACGACCACUCUGAGUACCACCAGGGUUACGACUUGAAGCAAUGGAAGCAGGUGCCAUCGCGUCCACAUGAAUACACGGGCUAUGCGAACCGAUCUGCCUUGGAUCGAAAACACGGCUACCCGCACGGGGGCCCUCCAUCCGAGAUGCUUCCCAUUACUGCUUCACAGGCUGGUCCCCAGACCGUGAUGUGUGCCCCAAUGGUUCCAUACUCGGGUUGA